CCCUCUUCCUCCUCCCUCGUUGGGGUUUCCUUCUUCGCUUCUUCGGUUCUCCUCCUCCUCCUCCGCCUCCUCCUCCGGUGUCGAAGAGGCAAUCCAAAGCGGCGGAUAUCGAGAAAAGAGUGUUUGAUUCAGAGGAGAAGUUCGUUGGUAAGAGAUCUCCAUCCACAUGGGUGACGGGUCUUCGAGUCAGCUGAUCACGGCUGAGAUUUCGGCGUCCGAGGGCCGGAGCGAGGACCCCUUAUUGAUAGAUUCUGGAUCAAAUAGAUGGACAGAUGAGAAACACACAUUAUUUCUUAACUCCAUUGAAGCAUCUUUUGUCAAUGAGUUAUACGACGAGCAGUAUCAUUCAAAGGCUUUCGUUGGUUGGUUAUCAAGGAUAAAAAAACGCAAGGAACCAUCUGGACCCUAUGAAAAUGAUCUGAAAUCUGGUCAGUUUAAGGAAUCAUCUGGACCAUAUGAAAAUGAUCUGAAAUCCGGUCAGUUUAAGGUAUUGCGUAAGGGAUGUUGGGAGAAUCUCAUAUUUGAGAGGGAUAAUAGCCAUACCGACAUUGAGAAUGGUUCUUUCACUUUAUCUGCAAACCCUUGGUUUCAACAUUUUCGAUCACCUUUCAUUAUGAAGCAAAGAGAUCUUAACUCUUCUAACGGAAUUGGCGAUAUUAAGUUCAUUAGACCUUCAGCAAAGAUAGCAAGUGAGAGGCUUGAUGAAGAAGCAAUAAGCUCAAAGCACAUUUGUCAUCAAGACUCUAUUGGGAGCAGUACAGAAAUGUCAGAUCAGAACUUUAUUGCUGAUGAACUUAUAGUCGGGAAAAAGUCAAGUAGAAUAUGCAGGAAAAGAAGACCGGGAACUGCACUGGUUCGUGGACCAAUCAAUGAUCAAGUUAUUCCUUGUAGAAAAGCACUUCUUACGACAAGCUCUGACGAGAACCAAGCUUGUCGACGUCCAACAAAUUCAGGAUCUGGUGCCAAAAAUAUCUGAAGCAAUUACAGGCAUUGUGACUACUGAAAAACUGAGGCUUCACCGUGUAAAAAUCAGGAGAUCAACAGUUGAAUUUUGGCAAUGUCAACCGAAGCUCGAGAUGCAUCGUGGUACACAAGGUUAAGCGUGUUUCCUGGUUUUUGAGAUCAUUUCUCGAGGAGAGAUGAUGCGAAAUCAAAAGGUUACUGACAAUUUUCAAGAACGUAAUAUUGGUUCUGAUUUCUGACACUUGAUGUCAGCACAGAGUGAAUGGCAGGUACAUAGCUUGAAAGGAGUGGCAACUGAAGUUUGUAUGUGAACCAAGUUCCUGUUUCUAUCUUUUGUAUGUUGAUUUGGUUGGUGAAAAAUCUUCAGCUUUAACUUGUUGCA